AUGGCAAAAUUUCUUGUAAUACUAGGUGCUCUUGUAGUUGCUGCAGCUGCGCGAAGGCAGUUUCAACAAAAUAGCGGACCCUUUGGUAGAAAUAGCCGACAAGAAUUCUAUGGUCCUCUUGGCAACUGGGGGAAUGAAAUGAAUGAAUUUGGCAAUGGGCGACCGGGUCAGAUGCUUCCACCUCAAGAUGGUUUCGGUUUUCCCGGUCAAAGACCUGGACAGGAAUUUUCUCCUGAAAACAACUUUAACGAAUUCAUGGGACCAAGGCCAGGCAGGUUCCCAAGACCUGGACGCGGAGGUAAUCCAAAUGGCGGUGAAUUCUCCCAUCAUGGUCACAAACCACAUCAUCCGCCAUUCCCACCAUUCUUCGCUAACCUAACCGAAGAAGACCUUCGACAAUUCUUCAGCAUUGUAAAAGACCGUAAUCUUACAAAACAGCAACGUGAUGAUAAAUUGAGUGAGUGGGCUGCAGCUAAAGGAAAAGAAUUUGUUGAGCAAUUUGAGAAAAUGAAAAAGGAUCGUGAAGAGUUUGAAUCAAAGGUUAAGGAAGCAGUAAAUAAAACUCUGGAAAACGUUACUGCGCUGAUGAAAGAAAUUGGUGAAGUAAAAAGUAAUAUGCAGCUUACAAGAGACGAAGAAAAGAGCCAAAUCAAGUCAUUAUUCUCCAAUUACCCGAGAUCUGUGAUUAAAAUUAUGAAAUUGGUAAAAGCUGAAGCAGUUAAAAAUGUAAUGUUUUCUCGUCCACCGCCAUCACCGUUACCAUCUAAAACCACUCCGUCAGUGACGAAAUACCCAGCAUUUACAUCAUCGUUUUGA